AUGACAGUUGGAAGUGUUAUGACAACAGAAGCUAUCCAAGUGGAUCCCCUGAUGGAGAUAGCUCGACAAUACUGGGCCCCAUAUUCGCUCCAUAGUCGUCCAUUUGAUCCAAAUUUAGUAGAUGCGGUUUACAAAAAUGAAUUAUUACAAAACCUUUUCAUGCAAAAGAAAGUCGUCGUAUUGGAAUUCAGUCAAUAUCUCGAGCGUUAUCUCUGGCCAAAUUUUAUUGUAGAAGAGGCCAACAACAAUUACGUUAUGUCCGUCAUAAUUAUGCUUAACGCAAAAUUUCGAGAGAGGAUUCCAGUUUGGCGUUGCAUCAGUGAACGUUCGAGUCAGUUUCCGGUUUUUUUUCGACGAAUAUUGCAUCUUGUAUUGAACACUGAACAAGUUACAUUAUUGGAACGGUCCGAAAUUAUUACAUUCUUGAUUAAUUGUUUCAAUUCAGUGGCAAUGGAUUUGGUGAGAAAGGAGGUGAUGAAAAUAGUUUCACUUACAAUGUGGUCCAAUUUGCUUCCAAUUCAGAGAGAAGAUCUCUUCCAAGCAAACCCAAAAUUGCGGAAGAUAUGGAACAAAUUUGAAACAAUGGCAGCUUCAAAAUCAGAUGAUGAAAAAGAAUUGUUAACUUUUGAACGUACAUUUAUGUGGAAUUUGUUGCAAAUUUUCAAACAGACACUAGCAGAUGUUGAUGAUGAAUCAAACGAAGUUGGAAUUGAUGGCAUACAUUUUCUAGAGCGUUGUUUGCAAUUAUUUAUUGAUUUAGAAGCUUUAUUGACCACGAGGCGUUUCUUUAAUGCUAUAUUACAUGCAAGCAACAUAUUGGUAAAUUGUACCCUAUCUUCGUUGAUAACAGCAGAAGUUGGGAGUUUGUUUUGUCAGCUUGUCACAAUGCUCAAGUUUUAUUCACGUUUCGAGAUCGACGAUGUUACUGGUGAACCACUCACGCACAACCAAAUGUCUGAAAUGCACUAUAACCAUGUUAUCAAACUGCAGAAAGCUGCCUUCAAAUAUUUCAGGGAAAGUAUGUCCGAUUUUUAUUUAUUAAAUGUCACUGCCGUUGACACAAGGAAAGCUUUGGUAAAACAAUUCUCAUCGAUGAGUGAAUCGGAACUGUAUAAAUUUGCAGAAUAUCUGCAUUUGGUACCUCCACAAGAAUUAGACUUAGAUGUUUCACCAAGUUACGAAAAGAAUUAUCUUAUUGAAAUGAUUACAUCACGUUGUGAACGACGCAUCAAUCAGUUACAGCAACUCAAUGAACAACCGCUUUAUCCAACCGAAAAAGUUAUUUGGGAUGAAAAUCUCGUUCCAUACGAUCAGUAUAAUGGUGAAGGUGUGCUUGCACUGAAUAAAUUAAAUAUUCAGUUCUUGACAUUCCACGAUUACUUGCUUCGCAAUUUCAAUCUUUUUCAAAUGGAAUCAACAUAUGAAAUUCGUCAAGAUAUUGAGGAUGCAAUAUUUCGUUUGAAACCAUGGGCACAUGAAUCUAAUCCAAAUGAAACUGUCUGGGGUGGAUGGGCACGAAUGGCUUUGCCAUUAGUCGAAUUUCAGAUUAUUGAGGUUGGUAAACCUCUUAUCGGUGAAAAAAGUCCAGCUGUUGUCAAGGCAGAUUUAACGAUCAGUUUACCAAAACGAGCAGAUAUUCGUGCGGAAUGGGAAGGUCUUCGAAAGCAUGAUGUUUGUUUUUUGAUCUGUUGUCGAUCGAAAGCUUCAGUUGGUACCAAAUAUAACAUUACAAAACCAUUCAAAGAGCAAAUUGAUGUUACAUUGGUACGUGGAUGUGAAAUUGAAGGCAUGCUUGAUUCCGAAGGAAAAGUUAUUGAAGAAUAUGCUGCAUAUGAGAAAAAAACGGUACUGGAAGGACUUACGAGAAAGUUUCGAGUAUGGCUUGAUGAAAAUCAAUAUCGCUUGGAUACCGAAGGGCAACAAGAUGCGAUAGAUAAUAUUUAUUAUUCGUUCAAUUUACUCAUUCGUCGUGAUCCAAAAACCAACAAUUUCAAAGCGGUGCUUGCAACAAUCCGGCAGUUGCUGAAUACAGAAUUUGUAGUGCCGGAUUGGUUACAUGAUCUCAUUCUUGGUUACGGUGAACCAAAUGCUGCCCACUAUAAGUCAAUGAAUACUGCAGUACCUACAGUGGAUUUUUGCGAUACUUUCUUGUCUUAUAAACACUUGAUUUCGUCAUUUCCAAAUACGAAAAUUACAGGAACAGUAACAACUGAUGAAAAUCUUGUUCCACCUUUCAGAUUGACUUUCAAGGAAUUGGAACCACAACAUGAUAUUGAACCAUCCGUUCGGGACACGUCGAUUGUUGUGGAACCACAUGUAAUACCGUGUCGUGGACCUUAUCCUCAUGUUGAACCACGCAAGAAUAUUAUACAGUUUACUCCAGCCCAGGUAGAAGCUAUCAAAGCAGGUAUGCAGCCUGGUUUAACGAUGGUUGUUGGUCCUCCAGGUACAGGUAAAACAGAUGUGGCUGUUCAGAUCAUCUCUAAUAUCUAUCAUAAUUGGCCUGAACAACGGACGCUAAUUGUGACACAUUCUAAUCAAGCUCUUAAUCAGCUUUUCGAGAAAAUUAUUCAAUUGGAUGUUGAUGAGCGUCAUUUACUUCGAUUAGGUCACGGUGAAGAAGCUUUGGAAACUGAAAAAGACUUCAGUAGAUAUGGUCGUGUAAAUUAUGUCUUGCAGAAACGGCUUGAUCUCUUGAAAGAGGUUGAAAAGUUGCAAGAAGCUCUCGGUGUUGGAGGUGACGUCUCAUACACAUGUGAAACUGCUGGAUAUUUCUUCCUUUAUCAGGUAUUCGCGCGUUGGGAAAAAUUUGAAAGUGAUGUUGCUCAAUCAAAAACGAAUCCAAAUCCGAGUGCGAAAGCAGUUGCCGAACACUUCCCCUUUACGAAAUACUUUGCCGAUGUCCCACCACCGUUGUUUAAGGGUGUUUCUUUUGACGAAGACUGGGAAAUUGCUCAAGGCUGCUGGCGGUAUAUUCGUGGUAUUUUCACCCAACUGGAAGAAUUUAGGUCUUUCGAAUUGUUACGUUCAGGGAGGGAUCGUACAGAUUAUCUUUUGGUAAAAGAAGCCAAAAUUAUUGCUAUGACUUGUACUCAUGCGGCUUUACGACGGAAAGAUUUGGUAGAACUUGGAUUUAGAUAUGACACCAUUUUAAUGGAAGAAGCUGCUCAAAUUCUAGAAGUCGAAACAUUUAUUCCACUUCUACUUCAGAACCCACAAGAUGGUAGAAGUAGGUUAAAGCGGUGGAUCAUGAUUGGCGAUCAUCAUCAGCUGCCGCCGGUUGUUCAAAACAUCGCUUUUCAAAAAUAUUCUAACAUGGAACAGAGUCUGUUUGCGAGAUUUGUUCGACUUGGUGUUCCACAUGUCUUACUUGAUCAGCAGGGUCGUGCCAGAUCUGAAAUAGCAGAUCUUUAUAACUGGCGAUAUGAGAAGUUGGGUAAUUUGCCGCAUAUUGAAGCUCUUCCGGAGUUCCAACGUGCAAAUUCUGGAUUUGCAUUCAAUUAUCAACUUAUCGAUGUACCGGACUUUAAUGGUAUUGGUGAAACUACGCCGAGCCCGUACUUUUAUCAGAAUCUUGGUGAAGCAGAAUAUGCUGUAGCGCUCUUCACUUAUAUGCGUAUUCUGGGUUACCCCGCAGAAAAGAUAUCAAUUAUAACAACCUAUAAUGGCCAAGCAUCACUGUUACGUGAUGUAGUACAGACAAGAUGUGCCGAAAAUCCGUUAAUUGGAGUACCACACAAGAUUUCAACGGUUGACAAAUAUCAGGGACAGCAGAAUGAUUAUAUUAUCCUUUCGCUUGUAAGGACGCGAAAUAUUGGUCAUCUAAGGGAUGUUCGUCGUUUGAUUGUAGCUCUUUCUCGAGCACGUUUGGGUCUUUAUGUAUUAGGACGAGUCAGUUUGUUCCAAAAUUGCCUUGAGCUUGCAACUGCAUUUGAACGGUUACGCAAAUAUCCACAAAAAUUGAUGAUAAUACCUCACGAGACAUACUUAAUGUGUCGAAAGAAUGGUCAGCCUCCAACAUCAGAACAAAUUCAGAUCCAAGAUACGGUUCAUAUGAGUACAUUCGUCCACCAAUUCUACAUGAGUAAUAUGGAGCAGAUGAAAAAAAGUUAUAAAGAACAUAUGAAGGACUAUUUCGAAGCUCGUCAAGCUUCAAUUAAUGCUCGUUUGGCGGCUGAAGCGGCUGCAAAAGCUGCUGAGGAAGCAAAAACAGAAGAAGAAAAAGGAGUACCAGAACCGGUGGCAAUGGAAGUGGAAGCUGACAUAGCUUUCGAAAGUAUGGACUUCGAAAAACAAGAUCCAGAAAAGCUAGGAAAGUAG